AAUGCAGUGAUAAAUCGAAGAGGUGUGAAGAUGGCAUCUACAACGGAACUAGUUACCGAUUCAGUACCUGACUUGACGAAAAAAGCUCAGACGUUCGGAGAACUCGACUUCAACGGAAAAAUAUCGUACAUCCGCGAGGUGAUAACCGUAGAGCCCCUACUAGGGGCUUAUGUCAUGGCCUCCACUCUGUGCUCACCGAUGCUGAUCAACUUGGAGUUCGAGAAGUCUUGCCGAGUGAACUUGCAGAUGAACGAUACUGUUUGCGAGGCUAUUUUGAGCAGCCAACACGAAGUUCUCAAUUUAACAGAGCAAAACAACGAGGUGCAAUACUUGAUAAGCGAUGUGCACUCCUGGUUGCAACCUGUGCAAAGCAUCAUGCCGCUGAUCCUAGUUUUGUUCAUAGGAUCCUACAGCGAUAGGCACAAGUGGCGCAAGCCCUUUUUGCUGUUGCCCCUAUUCGGGGAAUUUUUAGCAGUGGUAGGAUGCAUUUUUUGCGUUAUUUUUAUGCGGUCUUGGCCCCUGGAAGUCCAGGGAGUGUUUCAGCUAAUCCUCCCUUCGCUUUUUGGCGGACAAACUAUGAUUGUCAUGGCGACAUUUUCGUACAUAGCCGAUGUCAGUACCAUAGAAAUGAGAACGCUGAGGAUAGGGGUCGUACAAAUAGUACUCAACAUCAUUGUUCCUGUUACGCAGCUGUUCAGUGCGAAUAUGUUCGAGCUAACAGGGUACUAUGGGGUGCUUUUUACUGCGGGAGGUUUGUACGUGUUCGGGUUCCUUUAUGGGCUUUUUUGGAUCAAGGAACCAAAACAGCCUGUGAACACAGAGAGCAGAGGUGUUUUAUGCGAUGUUUUUGAUCCGAGACAUGCUGUGGAUACGUUCAAUCUGAUACUGAGGAAGGGCCCUGGGAAAAAUAGGGUUUAUAUUGGUGUGAUGCUUUUCACGAUUUUUAUAUACAGUGCAGUGAUAGUGGGUGAAUCGGACAGGUUCUUUUUUUACUCGCAAAGCAGGUUCGGUUGGACGAUAGUGGAGUUCAGCUAUUUCCUUUCCAUGAAUACUUUGGUCCACCUCAUUGGUACUGCACUAGCGGUUCCCCUUUUCACAAAAAUCCUCAAUUUGACUGACAUGGCCAUUCUGCUGCUCACCUUCUUGGACAAAAUGCUCAGCAACGUCGUCUUCGGUUUUGCCAACAGCAACACGCUCCUCUACGCAGGUAAAACACUCCUCAUUUUUUCCUCUCCUCUUCUUCCUCCAAUUAAUAUUUUCUUCAUUGCAGCUGCUGUUGUCAGUAUUAUAACGGGAGUGACGCCCAUUGGAAUUCGAUCCCUCGCUACAAAGGUGGUAUCAGAAGACGAUCUGGGCAAGGCUCAGUCUUUGUUCGGCAUUUGCGAAGCUAUUGCCCCAGCGAUAUCGACACCUGUUUACAACAAGGGAAUCUACAAUAACACUUUGACUACGUUUCCAUCAGCAUUUUUCUUUUUCGGUAUCAUCCUUUACGCAAUUUGCAGUGCAUUUAUAACGUGGAUGUACUUCAAAGAAAAACCAAAUCGUACGUCAAAAGUCGAACUUGCGAAUGGCUCUGGAGUUACUAUCGAAAAGACCCCAAUGGAGACUUAUGUUGAAACAACACACAUAUAAUUAUUGACUUUUCAUUAGAAAUACAAAAUAUAAAUAAGAGAGAAUAUAAUAAUAUGUUGUAAAUACCAUGUUACACAUUAU